AUGGUCGUUCAUAAUCCUAACAAUUGGCAUUGGGUCGAUAAGAACUGUAUUGACUGGGCAAAGAAAUACUUCCAAGAAAAAUUGGUUGGUUUGACUACCGGAGAAUCAACAGAUGAACUGUAUGCAGAAAUUACAAAGCUAUCAUCAUUAGAAGGUGAUUGCGAGGUGAACCAACGGAAGGGUAAGGUGAUUUCUUUAUUUGAUUUGAAAUUGAAUGUUGGUAUUGCGGGUCAUGUGGGUGAAAACAAAUUAGAAGGGUCCAUCACUGUACCAGAAGUUGCAUUUGAUUCUGAUCCAGAAGAUUACCAAUUUGAUAUAUCGAUUUUCAAGGAAACUAGUAAGUUAUUUGAGAUCAAACCAGUAAUCCGUGAGAAGUUAAUUCCUCAAUUAAGGGACAUUUUCAGUAAUUUCGGUAAACAGCUAUUGCUGACCCAUGGUAACGAUAUUCAAGUAUCUUCCGAUAAGGUCACCUCAAAAUUCACCAAAGCUAAUCAACAAUCUAGUUUCAGUACGUCUGGAUCCACUAAAGAAGAUGCAAAUAAAGAUUCUGCCACUGGAAAUACUUCUACUGCGAAUGCAAGUAGUAGCACGAAAGCGGCUGUAACUUCUUCGGAAACGCAGCAAAAAAACUCAGGAAACGCAGCAAAAUACAACACUACUAAGGUGCAUUUAGAAUCAUCCUUCCAAGUGCCAGCUAUCGAGCUAUACAAUACUUUCAUUGAUAAGCGAAGAAUUGAAGCAUGGUCACGUUCUCCAAUACAACCAGAAGCAAACACUGGUGAUUUCAGUGGUAGCACUUUACAAUUGAACGAUGCUUUCAAAUUGUUUGGUGGGAACAUUACCAUGAAGUUCCUAUCUGGAGAACCAGGAAAAAAGAUUGUAUUCCAGUGGAGACUCAACGAUUGGAAACAAGGCCACUACAGUGAACUUUCCUUGGAAUUCCAUGAAUCACAAGAAUAUCAUGAAACAAAAUUGGUAGUGAACUGGUCUGGUAUUCCUGUUGGUGAAGAAGACAGAGUUAGAGGAAAUUUCGAAGAAUACUACAUCAGAUCUAUCAAGGUGACUUUUGGAUUUGGUGCCAUCUUAUAG